AUGGCGUCGCUCAGUCCUCAUGUCAAGGCUGUCCGAGGUCUCUAUCGACGGUCGCUGAAGCUUGCCCUUGACUGGGCUGUACAACGAAACCUCUGGCGUGGACAAGCAGUGUAUAUCCGCUCACUUUUCGACGCGAACAAAAACAUUACAGACCCGAGGCAACAAAGAAUACUCUUCAACGAGACAGAGAAGCUGCUGGAGAAAUGGAAACAUCCCGACCCUUACAGACCACCAACUGCUCCGGGAGGCUCGAAAUAUGAACGGAAUCUGCCUGCUCCGGACUUGCCUCCACCUUCAAGAGAGUUCGUCAAGAGGUUAUGA